AACACCAUGAGCAAGUCUCCUUCUCUCCGUCGUAUUCAAGCCGACGUUCGUGAAUUGGCGUUGGAUCCUUCGGAUCGUUACAAUGCGUCGCCUCUGGAAAACGACAUGUUCGAAUGGCACUUUACUAUUCGUGGUGCCGACGGUACGGAUUUCGAAGGGGGCAUUUACCACGGUAGAAUUUUGUUGCCUCCGGAAUAUCCCUUCAAGCCUCCUCAUAUUAUGUUCCUAACACCGUCGGGUCGCUUCGAAACCAACACGAAGAUUUGUCUUUCGUUUUCAGCUUAUCACCCAGAAUUAUGGCAACCAGCCUGGGGGAUUCGUCUCAUCCUAGAAGCACUCAUCAGUUUCUUACCAACACCUUCCGACGGAGCCAUUGGUGCGUUGAACUGGAGUAGCAAAGAACGCAAGCGUAUUGCCAAGCUAUCGCAAGACUACUGCUGUGCAAAUUGUGGGAAAAUUGCCUCUUUGCUACCCGAGUUGGACAGCGCCCAGAAACAACAGGCCACAAAAAAUCGCUUUGAACGAGAAAUUUUGGAACUACAGCGCAUGCAGUCGCAGGCUCACCAGCCGGAUAGUACAAUUUUGAAACAGGUAGAUACCCAGGGUUCAGACGCAUCAACCGAAGACAAUGGAGGAGGCGCGGUUAUGGAUAGCGAUACGAACAUGGCACCCCUCGUGGACGAAGAUGUCAUACUCUCGCCGCGAACAGGAGCAAUGGAGCGUUUGAACGAUGACAUGCAUGUCUCGAGCGGCUCUGUCGAAGUACCAAACGAACGCAGUGGAAUACCAGCAGCAAGUGUUCCGGAUAUGAACGAAAGGGAACCAAACGUACGGAUACAGGAACCAACUCCGACGGAUCAGCAGCAAGCACCCGCGGCAUUAAACGAGCCGCUCGUUCCCGUAGUAAGAGAGGAGGAGGAGUCAGGCGCACGGCAACUACCGGAAGAAAAAGUCUCGAUCUUGACCGAUGCUACGCUUCAAGCCGCUAUUAUCAUCUUGUCAGCCAUUUGCUUUUUAUUGACUCGCAAAAUUCUGCGUAUUGUGGAUGAGAUUCGAGUAUUGGAAGAGUCAUAA